AUGUGGAAACUACGUCGCCUCCGACGUCAACGCAGGAUCCUCCUACUACUGGCUGAACUUGAGCACCCCCCCAGCCCCAGAAAGUACUGUCAGGUCAAUAAUACAGUGCCAGUGUUGGCACUAUACUUUGAUGGCCACAGUGACAUGAGGCCCGACUACCGUCUUUCAAGGGCGUCCUUCAGUGCGCUGAUGGAUGUGUUGGGGAGGGAAUCCGACCAUGGCUGGGGCCCAGAAAUCGACACCCUCAUCUUUUUGUUUUGGCUUGCCACUCCCUCCGCCUACCGUGUGGUUGCCAGGGCCUUUGACAUCCCUCGGGCAACCAUUCACCGCGUAGUCCACAGGGCGAGUGGGAAGAUCGCCGCCCUACUCUAUCGGGUGGUCCGACAUCCCACGGCAGAAGAGCUCCCUCGCCUCGGGGGUCGCUUCGCACGUCUGGCAAGAUCUGCAGCCUUCAACCGUGUGGUUGGUGCCAUCGAUGGCUGCCACGUCAGGGUGAAGCCCCCUGCCCAAGAUGCUGCCUGUUAUUUCAACAGGAAGCUAUUCCACUCUAUUCAGCUGCAGGCAAUCUGUGACGAUGUGGGGAAGUUCCUGGAUGUGUUUGUGGGGUACUGUGGGUCAGUGCAUGACGCCAGGGUGCUGAGGAACAGCCCCAUUUACAACCAACAAUCCUACCCUCCACCAGGAUACAGCAUUCUUGGAGAUGGGGGCUACCCCUGCCUUUCUCAUCCGAUCAGCCUCAUCACACCAUUCAGACAGCCUGUUCGUAGCCACCUCCAGGCCCGCUUCAACAACAGUCUGUCAAGGGCCAGGUGCAUCGUUGAGCGGUCCUUUGGGAUGCUGAAGACUAGAUGGAGGUCCAUCUUUUUCAAGGCUCUGGAGGUGGAUGUGACCUACGUGCCGGAGGUCAUCGUCUGCUGCACUGUUCUGCAUAAUAUAUGCAUGAGCAACGGGGACCUGCUGGAGCCAGAUGCUGAUGUCACGGGGCCACGAAGACCAGCACCAGCACCAGCACCUCCAGGAGCCGUCUCUGGUGCAGAUGAGAGACAGAGGAUAGCGAUGGCGUGUUACAUCCCUGACCAUGACUACAUUUGA